UGUCCUUCUUGGCCGCGAUAGAGGGCACGAGUGCCAAUAGCGCCGGCAGCAGCAGGCCUGUGUUAUACCGCAUGAUGCAUAGAGGCGAUAAAGACUGUGGAUGGUGAAGGAUGGGUUGGAUGUGUGCUUAUUUGACAGCUGGCUGCUUGCCGUCUGUAGCCUGGUCGAGCUGGAAGCAACGGCUUGGCACUGCUGAAACAACUGGACGCGACGCAACGGAGAAGCUGUGGCAAAGCUUAGGUAAGAUACUCUCAGGUAGAACCUGUAUUAACCAGACAAAUGUGACAAUGGAACCGGAACGUGCCCAAGAAACCGAUGCUGUCGAACGACAGCUGAUUUCUGAGAGUUACUGCUGGUGCUGGCGAUGCGCGGAGUUCCGCAUUCGUCAUCCCUACAAUUGGAUCGUCGUCACUACAUAAGCACGCAGCAUUUACCACGCGCGAGCAUGGUAGAUGUUCGCCGUGAACCUAAUCGAACUUUUCCGUCUUGUAUAUACCUGUCCUUGAGGUCCUUGAACGUUUUGUUAUUUGCGUCAAGGA